AUGAGCAACACAAGUCCUUCUUCUUCAUCCUUGGACUCUUCACGUGUACGCACCAAAAUUGUGUGUUCAGCUCCUGGUAAAUUAAUCCUCUUCGGAGAGCAUGCUGUUGUGUAUGGAAAGAACGCUAUUGCAACAUCCUUGAGUGAUCUUCGAACAAGUGUUACAUUGGAAUUAUUGGAUCCACCACUUUCAUCCACCAACAAUCAUCACACACCAAAAAUUAUUUUCAAUGCUCCUUCGAUUGGAUUUCAAGAAGAGCUUGUGAUUCCUCUUGACCAAGUUCAUCGAUUGAUGCAACCACCAACAUCAACUACAUUAUUACCACAUGACAAGCCUGAUCGUGGAAUGGUUGAAAAAUUAGUAGAAUUCACCAAACAAUGGAUUCAAAAUAAUUCCAUCACGACAAGUGUUGCUGCUAUGGAGUACAAUAAGAUUAUAUCCCUUGUAUCUGUUCUCUAUGUGUACUUGUUGUUAUUACAACAUACAUCAUCUUUUCAGAAUCUACAUUCUAAUAUUCGAAUUGAUUUAUCAACGACUAAUCUUCCGAUUGGCGCCGGUUUAGGCUCUUCUGCAUCAUUUUCUGUGUGUUUGGUUUCAGCAUUUUUAAUUUUAUUUAAAGAAAUAUCCUUUGAAUCGAUUCAAUAUGAAAAGAAAUGUGAGAAUGAUCAAAAUACUACUGAAUUAGAACUCAUUAACAAAUGGGCCUAUUUCGUUGAACAAUUAAUUCAUGGCACUCCAUCAGGUAUUGAUAACUCGGUUGCUACUUUUGGAGGAAUUUUGAGUUUUUCAAAAGGAACCGUUCAAGAACAUUUAUCACCUCAAAUGUUACCUAAUAUGCGUAUUUUAAUUGUGAAUACUCGUGUUGAAAGAAAUACCAAGUUAAUUGUUGCAGGAGUGAGAGAAAGAAGAGAAGAAAAUUUUGAUUAUAUUGAAACAAGAUUGAAUGAAAUUCAACAAAUUUCUCAAGAUUAUCUUGAAUUAUUGAAAAAGAAUUAUCAACAAGAUGCUUCAUGUUCUUUCUCGAAAGAGUUGAGAGAUAAAAUGGAGAAAUUCAUUGAUCGAAAUCAUGUACUUUUGAAUGAGAUUGGAACAGGACAUCCCAAAUUGGAUAAAAUAUGUGAAAUUGCAUCUAAAUAUGGUUUACAUGCAAAAUUGACUGGUGCAGGUGGUGGUGGUUGUGGAUUUAUCUUGUUGCCUAAUCAACCUGAGAAUGAAAUGGAAUCAUUAUUGAAAUCUGAUUUGGAAAAGGAAGGUUUUGAAUAUUUCAUGUCCAAUCAAGUAGCAGGUGUAGGUGUUCGAUGUGAUGAAUAUUAUUGA